AUGAGGCUGUGCUGGGGGCUCCUCCUGCUCACUGUGGCUCUGGUACUGGGGGGGACGGCUGCAGCUCGCUGCCCCACACCCUGCAUCUGUGACAACCUCCAUGCCCAUGUCCUCUGCCUCAAUGGGAACCUGACAGCUGUCCCCAUUGCUAUUCCACAGCUCACCAAAAAACUGGACCUUCGGGGCAACAGCUUCACAGUCAUCCCAGUGGAAGCCUUCCUUGCCACCCCAUACCUCACACACUUGGACCUGCAGCACUGCAAGGUGGAAAGGCUGGAGGAAGGGGCUUUCCGGGGGCUAGGGAGGCUGGUCCACCUCAACCUGGCCUCCAAUGGCAUAGCCCUCCUCUACCAGGAGUCCCUGGAUGGGCUUUCAUCCCUUCAGCACCUCACCCUGGAGGGGAACCGCAUUGAGGAGAUCCAGCCAGGUGCUUUUGGCCAUCUGGGGUCUCUCACUGUCCUCGACCUGAGGGCAAAUGCCUUGGUCUACCUCCCAGACAUGGUCUUCCAGGGUUUGCAGGCCCUCAGGUGGCUCCGGCUGUCCCACAAUGCUCUCCAUGUGCUGGGCAGCGAGGCCUUUGCUGCCCUGCCUGCCCUGCGCAGGCUGAGCCUGGACCACAACGAGCUGCAGGCGCUGCCGGGAGAGGCCCUGGCCAGGCUUGAUGGGGCCACCCGGCUGGACCUGGGCCACAACCCCAUCACCUACCUGCCCGAGGAGGCCCUGGCCAUGGCCUCUCUGAAGCACCUCUCCCUGGACCAUGCCGCUCUCCAGGACGUGGCACCCGAUGCCUUCACCCACAGCCCCCAGCUGCGAACGCUGGACCUCCGCAAAAACCAGCUGCGGGGGCUGCUGCCCCUGGCUGGGGCCGGGGAGCUGGCGCGGGUCAGCCUGGCGGGGAACCCCCUGCUCUGCUCCUGCCUCCUGCGCCCCUUCCACAGCUGGCUGACCAGGGCGCGGGUGCAGGCAGAGGGCUCCUGUGCUGCACCCCCUGCCCUCCGUGGCCGGGCCCUCGACUCCCUGCGGUCCCUCGAGAUGCGGUGCGGCCACCCCCGGCCGCCCCCUAGACCCCCCACCCCCUCGGAGCAGCCAAGGGGGGCCGGCAGCGGGCAGUGCCCCCGGGGGUGCUCCUGCUCCCCUGAUUUCCGUCACGGGUCCUGCGAGAACAGGGGCCUGCAGGAGAUCCCCCGGGGCUUCCCCAAGGACAGCCGCCUCCUCGACCUGCGCCGAAACACCUUCGGGACAGUGCCUCCAGGUGCCUUCCCUGGCCUGAAGGAGCUGGUGUCCCUCCACCUGCAGAGCUGCAGCAUCAGGGUGCUGCUCCCUGGGGCGCUGCAGGGGCUGGAGAGCCUGGUCUACCUCUACCUCACCGACAACCACCUCUCCACCUUGGCAGCUGCCACCUUCAAAGGGGCUCCACAGCUGGCCUACCUCAACCUGGACCACAACACCUUCACCCACCUGCCUGCUGGCGCCUUCCAGCUCCUGCCCAACCUCAUCUCCCUCCACCUGCAGCACAACGCCAUCAGGGAGAUAGGAGAGCGUGACCUGGCCGGGACCCAGGGGCUGCGCUGGCUCUACCUCGCUGGGAAUGCCAUCAGGCACAUCUCCCCUGCUGCCCUGGCUCCUGCCAAGAUGCUGGAGAAGCUGCACCUGGAGGAAAACCACCUGGCGGAAGUGCCCACAGCCGCCCUGCGGGGCCUGUCGGCCCUUAGUGAGCUGAAGCUGUCCCGAAACCCCAUCAAGCGCGUGCAAGAUGGUGCCUUCCUGCCAGUGGCCUCCAGCCUGCAGCACCUCUACCUGGACAACAUGGGCCUGGAGUGGAUUUCCCCUGGUGCCUUCUCUGGCCUUGGUCCCAAGAUCAGAAGCCUCUACCUGGAGAGCAACAAAAUGAGCAACAUCCCCAACAUGAGCAACUUCACGGGGCUGGAGAUCCUCAACCUGAGGGACAUUCCUUUCCACUGCGACUGCCAGCUCCUCCCCCUGCACAGGUGGAUCAACAAACUCAACCUCCGUGUAGGGGCCACCUGCAUGUCCCCUGAACAAGCUCAGGGGCUGAAGGUGAAGCUUUCCACCACUUUCCUAACCUGCCCUGGGCAGGGAAAAGGUGAGGCUGGGGGAGCCAGUCCUGACAAGGCCAAGGGUGUGAGCAAGCCCAGCAAGGAAAAGAGAUGGGGAAAAUCAACAGCCAGAGGCUUCAAGAAGAGCAGAGCUUAA